UAUCGCAUUCGCACACCACUCCCCCUCCGCCUCCCUCGCCGUCUCUCAUCCCCGUCUAGCACCGCCGCCACCACCACCUCCUCCUUCCUCAGUCCCCGCCACCUCCCAUGAAACCCUAGUUCCCCCAAACCCAACACCGCGCCCGCUGUCAUGCCGCCUCCGCUCCAGGCCCCGGACUACAAGUACGUCACCGAGGAGUGCCUCCGCGAAUGGAAGGGCCAGUCCGCCGCCGCCUUCCGCAUCCCCGAUCCGGUCCCCAUGCCGCGCUUCCUCUACGAGCUGUGCUGGGCGACGGUGCUCGGGGACCUGUCGCCGCACAAGUGCCGGGCGGCGCUGGAUUCGGUGGUGUUCGCGGAGGAGGCGUGGCAGGAGGACUCCGGCUCGGUGCUCGCCGACAUCGUCGCCCACCUAGGGCAGGAUAUUACAAUUUCUGGUGAAUAUCGCAACCGUCUUGUCAAAAUGACUAAAUCAUUUGUGGAGUCUUCAUUGAUUGCGCCUAGGCUUCUUCAAGAGCGAUGUGAAGAAGAAUUCCUAUGGGAGGUUGAACAGAGUAAGUCAAAGGGCCAGGAUUUAAAAGCCAAGGAGGUCAGAGUCAACACGCGGCUUCUUUAUCAGCAAACUAAAUUCAACCUGCUAAGAGAAGAAAGUGAGGGCUACGCCAAGUUGGUAACCCUACUUUGUCAAGUCGGUUCAGAUUUGGCUUGCCAAAAUGCUUCUUCAGCUACUAUCAGCAUUAUAAAGUCAUUGAUCGGACAUUUUGACCUGGACCCAAAUCGUGUAUUUGACAUUGUGUUGGAAUGUUUUGAACUCUAUCCAGAUAACAGUAUCUUUUAUCAGCUUAUACCUCUUUUUCCAAAGUCCCAUGCUGCUAAAAUUUUGGGGUUCAAAUUCCAGUACUAUCAACAAUUGGAUGUAAACAUCCCUGUUCCAUCUGGUCUUUUCCGAAUAGCAGCCCUGUUGGUCAAAUCUGGUCUUAUUGACCUUGAUAACCUCUAUGCUCAUUUACUUCCAAAUGAUGAUGAGGCAUUUGAGCAUUUUGGCUCCUUUGUUUCAAGGAAAAUUGAUGAGGCUACUAAAAUAGGCAAAAUAAAUCUUGCUGCCACUGGAAAGGAUCUUAUGGACGACGAGAAGCAAGAAAUAACGAUCGAUUUAUACACAGCAUUGGAGAUGGAAAAUGAUAUAGUUGAGGAGCGAGCCCCUGAGAUAGAAAAGAACCAGAAGCUUGGGCUUCUUCUUGGUUUCCUCUCAGUUCAUGAUUGGGACCAUGCGCAGCUACUAUUUGAACGUCUUGCACAGCUAAAUCCUGUUGAGCACAUUGAAAUUUGUCAUGGUUUAUUUAGAAUUAUUGAGAAGACCAUUUCUUCAGCCUACAGUGCAUAUUGUCAAACGCAUCAUAAAAUCUCCCGUAACAUCGACACUCACAUGAUAGAUGCAUCAUCUGUCUCUUCACCAAGUUAUUUGGUUCAUCCGCCGAAAGUGUUUUUCCAAAUGCUUGCUGUCUGUGGACCAUACCUUCAUCGUGACACACAAUUAUUUCAGAAGGUUUGCAGAGUGCUAAAGGCGUACCAUGCCUCGUCGAAAGAAUCAGCCCAUACAACAGGUGUAAUGUCUCCAGAAUCUCACAUCGAAGAAGCACUUGGGUCAUGCUUGCUUCCUUCACUGCAACUUAUACCUGCCAAUCCUGCUGUUGAUAUGGAGAUAUGGGGAGUUCUUUCCCUUCUUCCUUAUGAGGUACGCUAUCGUUUGUAUGGUGAGUGGGAGAAGGACGCUGAACAAAACCCAGUUGUCCUUGCUGCAAGGCAAACAGCAAAGCUGGAUACCAGAAGGCUCUUAAAACGGCUGGCCAAGGAAAAUCUGAAGCAGCUUGGCCGCAUGGUGGCUAAACUUGCUCAUGCAAAUCCGAUGACUGUACUUCGGACAAUUGUCCAACAGGUCGAAGCAUACAGGGACAUGAUAAAUCCAGUUGUGGAUGCUUUUAAAUACUUGACUCAGCUGGAGUAUGAUAUCUUGCAAUAUAUUGUAAUAGAACGGUUGGCCCAAGGUGGUCGUGAGAGAGUAAAAGAUGACGGUCUUAACCUGUCAGAUUGGCUUCAAUGUCUUGCAUCAUUCUGGGGACACUUAUGCAAGAAGCAUUUUUCCAUGGAGCUAAAAUGCCUUUUCCAAUACAUAGUUAAUCAACUGAAGAAAGGAUUGGGCACUGAGCUUGUUGUACUUGAGGAACUCAUUCAGCAAAUGGCAAAUGUACAGUACACUGAGAACAUGACUGAUGAACAGGUUGAUGGUAUGGCAGGGAGUGAAACGCUGCGGCUUCAAUCUUCACUGUUUGGCUCAACACGGAACUAUAAGGUCCUGAAUAAGUCUACUAACAAGUUGCGGGAUUCUCUGCUGCCAAAAGAUGAACCUAAACUUGCAAUUCCUCUACUACUGCUUAUUGCCCAACACAGAUCCAAGAUUAUAAUAAAUGCAGAUGCCACAUAUAUCAAGAUGGUUAGUGAGCAGUUUGAUAGAUGCCAUGGAAUACUACUUCAGUAUGCCGAGUUUCUUUCAAGUGCUGUAACUCCAUCAACCUAUGUUCAACUUGUACCUCCGUUGGAAGAUCUGGUUUAUAAAUAUCAUAUCGAGCCAGACGUUGCUUUUCUUAUAUACCGCCCUGUAAUGAGGCUUUUCAAAAGCUCUAGUAGUGGUGAAGCCUGUUGGCCUCUGGAUGGCAAUGAAGAAGGGGAGUCUGUAUCAUGUGAUGAUAUGACAUUGCAUGGUGAUUCAUCCCAGAAGUUAAUCAUGUGGUCAGAUCUUCUUAACACAAUCCGAACAAUUUUGCCAACAAAAGCCUGGAAUGGUCUUUCACCUGAAUUGUAUGCUACUUUCUGGGGUUUAACACUCUAUGAUCUCCAUUUCCCAAAAGAUCGUUAUGAUGCAGAAAUCAAGAAGUUGCAUGACAAUCUCAAACAACUCGAAGAUAACUCAGAUAACUCUAGCAUUGCAAUAUCACGACGUAAGAAGGACAAGGAGAGAAUCCAAGAUUUAGUUGACAAAUUGAACAACGAAUCUGACAAGCAUCAACAACACGUUGCAUCAGUUCUCCAAAGGCUAGCCCGUGAAAAGGAUAAAUGGCUGAGUUCCGGUCCGGACGCACUGAAGAUCAACAUGGAAUUUCUCCAGCGUUGUAUAUAUCCACGUUGCGUUUUUAGCAUGCAGGAUGCUGUGUAUUGUGCUACAUUUGUCCAGACGAUGCAUUCACUUGGGACUCCAUUUUUUAACACGGUGAAUCAUAUAGAUGUUUUCAUCUGCAAGACACUACAGCCAAUGAUCUGUUGUUGUACAGAAUAUGAAGCUGGUAGGCUUGGACGGUUUCUUCAUGAGACACUGAAGAUGGCCUACUAUUGGAAGAGUGAUGAAGCAAUAUAUGAGCGUGAAUGUGGAAAUAAGCCAGGAUUCGCUUUAUACUUCAGAUUUCCAAACAGUCAACGUGUACCUUAUGCUCAGUUCAUUAAAGUCCAUUAUAAGUGGAGUACAAGAAUUACCAAGGUGCUUAAUCAAUGUAUGGAAUCAAAAGAAUACAUGGAAAUUAGAAACGCCCUUAUUGUGCUCACAAAGAUAACUAGUAUUUUUCCUGUGAUUCGAAAAAGCGGUAUCAACAUCGAGAAAAGGGUUGCGAAGCUAAAGGGGGAUGAGAGGGAAGACCUGAAAGUACUGGCCACUGGUGUAGCUGCUGCUCUGGCAGCUCGCAAGAGUUCAUGGCUAUCUGAAGAAGAGUUUGGUAUGGGUCACCUUGAUCUGAAGCCAGUGCCUGCAAAACCUAUUCCUGGAAAUCAGUCUGCAGAUCCCUCAACGGCAAAAGAUCGCAGCCUUCGUGCAAAAUCUACAGAAGGUAGGCAUGAAAGGUCAGAAAAUGCAAUGAAGCCUGAUGCUCUAUAUAAUAAGAAGAAUGCCUCGACUGCAAAUGGAUCUGAUAGUCAAAUGCAAUCGUCCUCUGCACAAGGAAAAGUUUCAGGACCUGCACGUGGUGCAGAUGAACCUCCAAAACUUUUGUCUGAUGAGGGAGUUAAAGUUUUGAAGCCUGCUGCAGAAUCUGAGACAAGAGCACCACAAAAGCGUGAUGCACACAAUGCUGCAAAGGUAUCUAAGCAUGAUUUGGUGAAGGAAGAUGCAAAACCUGGGAAAAUUACCAGCAGGGUUCUUAAUCAAGAAGUCUCUACUAUUCCUGCUGACAGAGAAGUAUUGUCUCAGCCAGCUGAUGGUGGGCUGGAUACUAAUCCCACUAGUUCGUUGGGUGGCACCAACGGUAAUGUACAUCCAGCACCACGGAAGGUAUCAGCAUCCUCCCAAAGGUCAACGGUGUUGGCUGCACAUAAUGAUGCAACAGCUAAUCCCACCGGUGAAGGUGAAUCUAUUGAGUUGGUUGAUUCUACCGUGAAACGGCAAAAAAAAUCUGUUCCCGUUGAAGAACAAGAGAGAACAGGUAAACGAAGAAAAGGAGAAAUUGAAGGCCGGGAUGAUGACUUAACAGAACAUACAGACAAAGAGAAAAGAAUGGACUUGCGAUCAGUAGAUAAAUUCCAUUCUGUGGAUCAUGAGAGAGGUAAUAAUGAGGAACAAAACAUAAUUCGGACAGAGAAAUUAAAAGAGAAGUUUGAUGAGAAAUACGACAGAGACCAUAGAGAAAAAACAGAUCGGACUGAGAGGCGACGUGGAGAAGACGUGGUUGAGAGACCAACAGACAGAUCAUUGGAAAGGAGAGAACAUUCUAUUGAAAGGAUGCAAGACAGAGGGACGGACAGGGUUCCUGAAAAAGGAAGAGAAGACAGGAAUAAGGAGAGAGGCAAAAUUAAGCAUGCUGAGCCCUCCAUAGACCGGGCACAUACUUCUGAUGAACGGUUCAGAGGGCAAAGCUUGCCACCACCUCCACCUCUUCCAACUAGUUUUGUACCCCAAUCAGUCGCUGCUAACCGAAGAGAUGAAGAUGGUGACCGAAGGGGUGGAAGCACCAGACAUACUCAGCGGUUGUCUCCCAGGCAUGAUGAGAAAGAAAGGUGGCACGUGGAGGAGAAUGUUCCGCUGUCGCAGGAUGAUGGGAAGCACAGAAGAGAGGAAGAUCUCCGGGAUAGAAAGCGUGAAGAUAGGGAUGUUUCAUCAAGCAGGGUAGAUGACAUGGAUAGGGACAAAGGUAAUACUAUGAAGGAAGAUAGUGACCCUAAUAGUGCAUCCAAACGGCGAAAAAUUAAGAGAGAUCAGUCUGCUUUAGAAGCUGGGGAAUAUGCACCUUCUGCUCCACAGCCUCCGAGCCUUGGAGCUGGUAACUCGCAAUUUGAAAUACGAGAGAGAGAAAGAAAGGGCGUUAUUUCACAGCAUCGGCCGUCACAUGCUGAUGACCUCCCUAGGAUGCAUGCCAAGGAUUCAAUAAGCAAGACAAGUCGUAGAGAGACUGACCAAACGCAUGAUAGAGAACGGGAAGAGGAAAAGAGGCCAAGAACUGAAGCAAGAAGAAAGCAUCGGAAAUAGGUUCUUGCAGGACUUUUGAUCACUGCCACAUGACAUGGUUUCACCUCGAGGAUGUGCAUGAUCACCUGCGAACAAGAGUGCUUUGUUGUAGCAGGAAGAUCUAUCUGGACAUAUUUGAAACAUUCAGCGUGUAUGUCUCAAUCCUUCAGAUGUGUCCUUCAGCUGUACUUCAUCGAUGCUACACAGUGUCGCUGUCCAGAUGCACUGUUAUGAAAAAUGUCAUUGUGCAAGGAACAGGCAUCUGGGCCAUAUGGUCGAUUGAUUAUACAAGCUGUUAUAACAUUGUAACGUAGAAUGACGAGCAACAAAACUGUGGGCCAUAUUAUCCUAGACGAAUUUGCUGUAAACAAGCAUGAGGAGAUGUGUUCAUCCUACAGUGGCAGAAAACGAUGAGGAGAAUGUUUUGUAGCAAAGUACUUCAUCUCAUAUUUUGGAAUGGUUUGAUUAUCAAUUUCAUCUGCGGCAA